AUGGACCUUGAAAACUGCAAUUGUGUUAUCUCAAGAAACAACUGCAUUUGGUCAAGUUAUGAGAGAAUUGGUCAUGACCCUAUUGUAUGUGUGAAUGAAUUUAUGAGCAAAACCAAGAUAGCAAGGUUGAAAACACUGUGGAGGAAGAUCAAGAGAGAAAACAAGAGGAGAAUACUUAGAUCAUCUUCACCUGUGUUUCUAUAUGAUCCUGCCUCUUACUUACAGAAUUUUGAUGAUGGCUAUUCCACUGGAGAUGAUUUUUCAAGGUCUUUCACAGCUCGAUUUGCAACGCCGUCCUCCAAUGUUUUUAAGAAGAAUGAUGAAGAAAUAAUGGAGACAAACGAUGAGAUCCAGCUAGCAACAUAA